AUGAGAAACCACUACUCUUAUUGUCUUUUCAAUGAAAAAGAAUGUUGGAUUGGGCUUCACGAUGGAUUCCGUGAGGCCCCAAUCAGCCUGAUAAUGGCUGAAAGUCUCUUAGCAAGAACUUUUGCUAAAGGCGAACCGACCGGGAGUGAGGCUGUUGCCACCGCCACCGGAUGUAAUAUACUGUCUCUUGGGUGGAGAGACAAGGUUACGGGGCGCGUUGGUGGGGUCUACGGUAUGGCUAUGAUGACACCUGUAGAAAGCCUACAGGAAGUAGGAGCCAUAAAGGACUACAAGUCCUAG